ACCAGCGGGAUUUGAUUGACUUUGUUCAACGCUUGGCGACGCCAUGGACCACGCGGUCUGGACCACGGCCCUGUCUGCUCUCCUGCUGAUGGCCGUGGUGGUCCUACUUUGCUACUUCACCUGCAGGCUGGGAGGGUCACUGCCUCUGGGCGGGCCUGGGAACUUCUGAGGCUCUGCAGGUCGGUUUGUUAGCAGCGGAUGUUUCUCUGAGCAAGGCGGCGCCGCAUGAAAGUCCUGGAGACAAGCUUCCUCGCAGCCGCAGAAUCGAGGAAGAUAAAUCAACGCUGAGACGACAACAUGAAGUUAAAAGCGCAGCAACUCUUUAUCAUCUGCUGCGUCUUGUUUGCGGCGUGUUUGGGCCAAGUCAACUUUCCUGAGCAAGAAAAGGAUCCUAACUUCUGGAGGUCGUGGGCCCAGCGCACCCUACAGAACGCCCUGACACUGCAACGGCUAAACCAGAACAGAGCAAAAAACCUCAUCCUGUUCCUGGGCGAUGGGAUGGGCAUUCCCACGGUGACGGCCGCUCGGAUACUGAAGGGUCAGCUGAGCGGACAGUCUGGAGAGGAAACCCAGCUGGAGAUGGAAAAGUUCCCACAUGUGGCUUUGUCAAAGACAUACAACACUAACGCGCAGGUGGCGGACAGCGCUGGCACAGCCACAGCCUUCCUGUGCGGGGUCAAGGCCAACGAGGGCACGGUGGGCGUGAGCGCGGCCGCCGUGCGCUCCCAGUGCAACACCAGCCAGGGAAACGAGGUCACCUCCAUUCUCAAGUGGGCCAAGGAUGCAGGCAAGUCGGUGGGGGUAGUGACCACGACUCGCAUCAACCACGCCACGCCCAGCGCUGCCUACGCCCACAGCGUGGACCGAGACUGGUACUCCGACAACGAGAUGCCGGCGGAGGCGCUGCAGGCUGGCUGCAAAGACAUCGCAAGACAACUGUUUGAAAAUAUUCCAAACAUCGACGUUAUGAUGGGUGGAGGAAGGAAGUACAUGUACCCCAAAAACACCCCGGAUAUCGAAUACCCCAACAUUGGGAAACACAACGGCACGCGGAACGACGGCCGGAGCCUGGUGAAGGAGUGGGUCGACAAAAUGAAGGACAAAAAAGGCCAUUAUGUCUGGAACAAGUCACAGCUCUUAUCACUCAACCCCGGCAGCGUCAAUUACCUUCUCGGUCUAUUUGAACCAGCGGAUCUCAUGUACGACUUGGAGAGGAACCAGGACACGGAACCUUCACUCACAGAGAUGGUCGAAAUGGCCAUUAAGAUCCUCAGGAAGAACCCCAAUGGAUUUUAUCUGCUGGUAGAAGGAGGACGUAUCGACCACGCUCACCAUGAGGGCAAAGCCAAGUUGUCCCUGUACGAUGCCGUGGAAAUGGAUCGGUCAAUUGGCAGAGCGGGUCUCCUGACCAGCGAAUUCGAUACAAUGACCGUUGUCACUGCCGACCAUUCCCAUGUCUUCAACUUUGGAGGUUACACACACAGAGGAAACAGCAUUUUCGGCCUGGCCCCCAUGGUAAGUGAUGUUGACCAGAAGCCCUUCACCGCCAUCGCAUAUGGGAAUGGACCAGGUUACAAGUUGGUCAACGGUGCAAGAGAGAACGUCUCCACCAUCAACUAUGACGACGCCCACUACAAUGCCCAGUCGGCCGUCCCUCUGAGCUCCGAGACGCACGGCGGCGAGGACGUGGCCGUGUUCGCCCGAGGUCCCAUGGCUCACCUGCUGCACGGCGUCCACGAGCAGAACUACAUCCCGCACGUCAUGGCGUACGCCGCCUGCAUCGGCAGCAACACGGCGCACUGCUCGGGCCAGAGCGGGACCGCCGCCGUGCGCCCCGUUCUUUCCGGCGUGGUCGCCGUGCUCGCAGUGGCACAACUUCUGUGCUGACAGCAGCUGACCAUUAGCCAUACCAUGUGGGCUUUUACUUUGAAAUUCGUCUUGUUUUGAGCACUAUGUUUGAACAUAACACAUUUAGAGUCGUCAGUCUGUAUAAUAACCCCGGAUGCACUGAUAUUGCCACACCAUCAGAGUCCUGUCAUGUUUUGUCUAUCUUGCUAACCUUUAGCGCAGGGGUGUCAAACGUAAGGCCCGUGGGCCGGAUCAGGCCCGUGAACAGGUUUUAUCCGGCCCGCGGGAUGAGUUUACUAAGUAUAAAAAUGAGCCGAAAUUUUUGAAUGAAAGAAACUGCUGUUUUAAUUGUGUCCACUAGAUGUCACAAUAGCAAUUAUUUGUGUCUUUCUAGAUUAUGCUACAUAUGUAAAAAAAUAAAAAAAAUAUACCACACGAUGUAAGCAAACUACAUAAAUAACAUCCUGUAAUUAGGUUUUUAUAUUAUUUUUUUAAUAAUAAUAAUAAUAAUAGAUUUUAUUUGUAAAAAGCACUUUACAUAGAGUAAACAACCUCAAAGUGGUACAGUGUAUUAAAAAAAUAAAAUAAAAUAAAUAAAUAAAUUAGAAAAAAUAAAAAGAUAAUAAAAAAUAAAUAAAAACUAGAACAGCCAAAUAGCUAAAACUAGUAUGCAUAUAUCUAAAAAAAAAAAAAAAAAAAAGGCUUUUUUAAAAAGAAGGGUUUUUAAGCCUUUUUUAAAAG